GGAUGUUCUGGAUAGAGCUGAGGUUGUAGUUCAAACAGCUUGCAGUGUUGGAAGCGAUCAAGAAAAGAUGCUUUUUAUUAGAAAAAUCGCCUUCUUGUUGGCAAUCAUUUUGAUCUCAUCAAUUGGACAAGGAUAUUCCGAAUCAGAACCUCUUCUUUAUCCAUACGGACCAUCUGAAGGUGACAGAACUACUCCAGUGGAUGAUGAUGGGGCGUCUGAUAAUGUUCCAAUCUCAGUGGCUUUUAAAUUCUUCAGUAAGGAAUACAAAUCCCUCUAUGUAAAUAAUAACGGAGUGAUUUCCUUUAAAACGGCCGUUUCCCAAUACACACCAGACGCUUUCCCCCUGACCCAUGGAGAAACAUUUGUGACCCCAUUCUGGGGAGAUGUGAACAAUGAAUUGUCUGGGAACGUGUAUUACCGGGAGAGCACAGAUGACAAUCUGCUGAAAAUGAUAACCAAAGACAUGGAAAAGCAUCUACCAAGCCAACAUUUCACUGCAAAAUGGGCCUUUGUUGCCACAUGGGACAAAGUGGCCUACUUCGGGUCAAAAUCUCACAAGGUUAACACAUUCCAAGCUGCCCUCACAACUGAUGGGUUCAGAUACUUCAUCAUCCUGAAUUAUGGUGACAUCCAGUGGACAACAGGAGAAGCUAGUGGUGGUAAUCCCCUUACAGGUCUGGAAGGAUUACCAGCUCAGGCUGGAUUCAAUAGUGGUGAUAAUACUCACUACUUCAAUAUCCCUGGGUCCAGAACUGCAGAAGUCCUGAAGAUUAAGUCAACCUCUAAUGUCAACUAUCCAGGUCGAUGGAUCUUUAGAGUCGAUGAUUUUCAAGUUCCUGGAGGCUGCUUGUUCAAAUCCAGUUUUGCCAAAGAAGGUGAAGAGUUUUGGACAGAUUCCACCUGCACCACCAAGUGUCUGUGUAAAGCUAGCGGGGACGUUCCUUGCGCUGAUGAAUCGUGCUCUGCGUCUGCCGCCUGUGUACCCUCAGGGUCCUUCUUCAAGUGCAAAGAAAAAGAGAAAGUUUGCUUUUAAAACCGUUUUAUUCUUCUAAACUACUAAAUCU